UUGCCUUAGUAGUCCUAGUGACAAUAUUUAUUUUCACUCGCAAACAAAACAUGGCGGACCUAUUCAUAAUUGUGUUAAAUUAUUAAAACGUUACCAGACAAGUAGCUCUAAAUUAUAGGAAAUGAUAAUGAUACAUUCUUCGCCUCUUAGGAUGAGACAUUUUAUAUUGUUUGGACUACUGCAUUUUUCAACUUCUUGUCCUUUUCCGGAUGGUUUUUCUGGAGUAUGGAUUACCUCCAGCCAGGGUAGAUGGACGGUCAACUCCACGCAUAUCACCGUGGAUACGACACUUGCGGCUUAUGCAAGCAUCGCGAACGAGUUUGAGUGUAUAGAAAAUGAUACAUACAAUGGAGAAUCGGUCUUCGUUGUCAAAUCAACGACCACUUUUAAGCCUUUUGCUCUGAGUGACAUCUAUGCUUCCUGGAUGUGUCUGCGUGUCGUGGAAGCCAGGGCAGACGCAUAUUACGUCUACUUUAAUUCACUGGAAGAAGAUUAUUAUUCUGGCCAACGGAUACACGGGUACAAGGUGACUGACACCAUCGCGGCUGUGAACGUUUGUACAGAGGCGGUCCCAGACGAAUUGUUCGAGCCUUUCAUCCGUAAUGGUACAGAAACAACUGGAGAUGACCAAUGCCCGGACCCGCUCCUCGGGUACUACUUUUUCAACUACAUCACAAGUUCUAGCACAGUGGACUGUUCGUCAAACUACACAGGGUUCAUAGCAUCAUGUGAGGACCAAAACAAAACCAAGCUCCAAGUCAAUACCACUUCCGACUGUACGGCAAACCCUUUUUCGACGACGGAUGGUCAGCUGGGCUGUUUAUUCAGCUUUAAUACAAGUACGGACGGGAAUAACAUCAUUCUGAUGUUGUACAAUAAAGACAGUGGUGCAACAUCACCCUUCUUUUGUAUGGUGAUUGACAACCUAAACAACGACACUAAAACGUCCGCCAGUGUAUCCCCGUCCCUGUGUGCUUCCGGUCAAACUGCGUCCGCCGUCCCAACAUCCGGGUUCAGGCUCGAAUUGUCGGCUAAUGAAACAUGUAAGCAAACAAUGGUUCCAUUGUCGACCACACCAAGCACGGUAUCUUCUGGAAAGGGGAUGUUUGCUUUCUUGCACACGAUUUUCUUUGGACUUUGUGUUUAUUGUUUUAUUCCCAUUUUGUUUUAGCAAUCAUACCACAUAUUAAACCAUCGUUACUGUUUCCACGGAUUCAUAUAUAUAUAUUUCUUGUUUGUGAAUUUGUGUUCUAUGUCUUUGGCGUUGCCCAUUGCCACUAAACCGGGUUUAUGUUUAAACUUUUUGCUACUGAGCAUGUUUCUGUAGCUUUUUGCAUAUAUAUUAAGUUCAGCAGUUAUUUCGUAUUUUCCAUUAAAAAGAUUACUGGGUAUGUCUACAAGGUAGAAUUCAUUCCUUGUGCAUGAUUGGCUAGUCGGCGUUAUCACGUGAUAUUACCGAGAUAGGUGUGUCACCCGAUAAGAAUAAGCCUUUGUAGCUCAGUGAGAAAGACGCUGGACUUCAAUUUUGGCGACGCGGGUUCAAACCCGAUCUCCGACCUAUUGUGUGUUUUUUUUCCAUUUUGGUACUUUUUUAACAAUUAUGAUAUCAAAGCGUAACACAUUCUAUUAGAUAAUUGUCCUGAGAUUCGUUACAGAAAAAAACUGUUUUUGGUGCCAAUCUGUGACACAGUCCCUUUAAACUAACAACCCGAAACGUUUACGGGCAGUAUGUUUAGUUAUAAACCUGUUCUAAAUGUUGCUAUAGAGUUGAUGAGGUAUAUUGACAAUAUGAAAUGACUUAACUGUCGACACAUCAUUUUCAGCACAAGCAUAGUAUUAUGUCGUGACUUUGACCUUUGAUCUGCUGAUCUAAACUGUACACAUUAUAGAUCAUGGUGUGGUCUCAAUAUUCCGUACUUUCAAGACUUCCACCAAAGUAAAUGGCUUGAAUGUUAGGAGGCCAGCAAUUGGCAAUGAUCACUAUACUGGACCUGUCUAAAGAAGGGAGAAAAUGCUGAUACUGCUCAAACAUAUCCCAAAAAGUGAAUCACAAACAACUACCGUGAGACAACUGUCCUCUUGCCUUUGAGGAUACACAAUCUGAUCAUACGGAGGUGAGCAAUAUAAUAAUAAUAUUGCUCACCAGACCCCGCGAAAAUGAGCUGCUGUUCAAAAACCAACAAUCAUUUCAGGACUGUCCGCAUUGUAUGAAAGAUUGUCUCUUAAAUUGUCAUAGCACUACAUUGUAGUGCUUACACUUUCCUACAUAACAAUACAUACAAUGUCAAAAUGAA